AUGAAAUUCCUGCUUGCUUUUGCUGCCAUCGUUGCCGUUAGCCUGGCCGCCGAUGAAAAAAGUGCCAACGUCGUCAAGUACGAAAAUGACCACAAGGGUAUCGACGGGUACAAUGUGGCCUACGAAACUAGCAACGGAAUCUCGGCGGCCGAACAGGCCCAGCUGAAGACCUUCGGUGAUGAUGCGGCGGCCAUCGUGGUUAAGGGACGAUACUCGUACACCGGUGCCGACGGACAGGUUUACACCGUCAACUACGUUGCCGAUGAAAAUGGAUUCCAGCCGGAUGCUGCCCAUUUGCCGCGUGUCUAA